CUUUCCUGAUGUAGAUUAUCCCGAUGCAUUAGCAUUUAUUUUGUCUUUCAAUAUGGAAAAUCAAAAAAGAUAUAUAUAGUAGGAGUUUUUACCGCAAGGUUUAGUUGUUUGUACGCACAAACAAAACAUUUGGUUUUUUUAUUUAUAGAACACCACAAAAGUUACCCCUUGCAUCAAGAAAAGAACGCUCAAAAAGUUUGUGUUGAGUUAUUAGAAAAUGAAUCUCCUAGAAGAAUUAAAAGAGAACCAACGUAGAUUAGAUAAUGGCGAAAUUGAUAAAAAUGAAUUCGAAAAACAAAAAAAGACAUUAUUAAGACAAUUUUCGGGUAAUUCAAAGGAAGAUAAGAAAACUGAACAUUCUCAUGAUGCAAAUAAACCAAGGGAAACUGAAUUAUAUGAUAUCCUCCAAUUAAAGCCUGAAGCGACUGAGGCUGAAAUUAAAUUAAGCUAUAAGAAACUCGCAUUAAAGCAUCAUCCGGAUAAAAAUGGUGGCAUUGAAACCGAAGAGUGGAACAAGCUCUCAAACGCAUACAAAAUUCUCUCGGAUAAGAACAGUCGUUCUCUUUACGAUAAUUACGGAACAAUAAAUGAUUCCUUAGAAGGUAAAGCAUCAUUCAAUCCAUAUGUAGGAGGAGACACUUGGCAACCAUAUAUUGGAGACCUGGAAAUUGGCCUUUGGAUGUUUUCAAUUAUGAAUGACGGUAGCUCACCUGAAAUAAAUGAGUUAACUUCUAAUGAGCGGAGAGUACAACGUCACACCAUUCGUGUAUCCAAUAUUGUCCGUUACCUAAAAGACAAACUUUCUCGAUUUCCGAAGCAAGAUUCUUCGGAGUUUGAAUCGUUUGAGGAAAGUCUUCGCCAAGAAGCUCAAAAGCUUUUAUCGGAACCAAAUGGAAAAGAGUUGCUAUCCUCUCUGGGUGGAAUUUACGUUUCCAAGGCCCAAGCUCACCUAAAUAAAUCUUUUUUAUCAUCCAUUUCAAAUAAAUGUUCUAAUAUUUUUAACGGCGUUGAAUUUACGGUGGACUUAAUCUCUGGAUACUUGGCAGCCAAAACUAAGGGUGGACCAAUGAUGAAACAGGAAGAGAUGAAUAAAGUAAUUUGGCGACUUUCACGAUCAGAAAUAUCCUCCAUCACACGUGAAACCUGUGAUAAAAUCCUGAAUAAUGAUGAGGAUGAUAAGGAUACAAGUUACCUCCUUGCUAAUUCUCUACAACUUCUGGGCAAAGUGUGGUUAGGAGUAAGCAAACAAUCUAAAAUGUAAUACAAUCUAAGAUGUAGGGUGUAAUACUAAAAAGUGAUUAAUAUUUCUUUGUUACCUUUACUGUAGAAUAUUUAUAAUUAUUUAUAUCGUUUAUCCAAUUUUUUUUUUUUUAAUUAUUCCUUUACUAAUAUCAAGUAAAAAGAUAUACACUCCCAUAAUUUGCAUAAUUAAAAAUAAAAUUACAGAGGU